AUGGCAACAUUGCACUGCUCUACAAUGGGACGAGAUAUUAAUUAUAAUCUCACAAGAAGUCAUAUAAAAACAACAUUAGAGUCAAGCAAGCAAUUAUCAACGCGUCAACCGCCGAUUCCGGCCACGGCGGCCAAUCUCAAUGAGAUUAGCCAACUGCGCAGGAGAUAUUAUAGUGCACAAGUGCACGCGCAGACACAACGUGCACUCUCUAUUCCUAUCACUCUCAUACUCCGGUGGGACGACCACUCGACACGACCGGUGAGAGUUAAGGCGCAGGACCGACGGCUUUACGUGCUCUCCGAGGCACGGGGGUGGAACACCGCCAACUUCCCAACUCCGGGCUGUUAC